AGUUCUAUAUCUGACGUAUAAAAACGACGCCGGCUUUGGCGGUUUUUGUUUUUAACAAAUUAUCAUUUUACUUCUAAGAAUAUAACAUAACAAUGGCUUACAAAGGCCCACCGAAAGUUCAAAAGGUGAUGGUACAACCCAUCAACCUUAUAUUUAGGUAUUUACAAAAUAGAAGCCGUGUACAAAUUUGGCUUUACGAGAACGUGAAUUUGAGGAUCGAGGGCCACAUCGUGGGCUUUGACGAAUAUAUGAACAUUGUGUUAGAUGAAGCCGAAGAAGUGCAUAUGAAAACCAAAAAUCGAAAGCAAAUCGGUCGCAUAAUGAUGAAAGGCGAUAAUAUAACAUUAAUCCAAAAUGUCAAUCCAAACGCUACGGUGUGAAAUAGGUUAUAAGAACCAAACGAACAUUCCUAGCUGAUAAGUGUGAUGGUCACUAAUUGUGAAUUGUUAAAGUGUUUUACUGCUAACCUCACGUCAUUUUUUCAUUAAAUUUAAGAUCUAAA